AUGUCAGUACUCUCGGAUGAUCAGAAGCGCAAUCUGCAGCUCACUAUUGGACUUGUUGGAGGUUCCAGGAUUGUCCUUGUGGAUGAGUAUACAUCCAGCGUCGAUCUAUCAUCCCGCCGGGCAUUGUGGAGGACUUUGACGUCUGUUCACCUUGACCGGAUCAAUUUACCACUCCACCCUCUGAAACUUUGGACAGGAUUCGCUAAGUUUGCCAUCAGCACUCUCCUCGCAGAGCCAGGCGUCAUACCACCUCAAGUCAAAGGAUUCCGUUGUUUGAAGAAGGUCUUCCAGCUGUUGGAUAAGGAGCACAACGCUCUCCACGUUGCAUCCUGCGAUGUGUUGAAUGCUAUUGCCCUCAUCGGUAACCCCUCCAUUGUUCUCAUUACUGAGUUCUCUAUGGGAACACAUGCGAAGAUGAAUAGAGACAUGUGA